UGUUAUUGAUUCCUGGACCUAAGUUUAGUAGUGCGCGGAUUGCGUGGGUAGAUUGAUUUACAUAUUUGUCCGGUAGUGUUUUCGGAAGUACUUCGAUUGUUACCGCCUAGCGCAAUGAUGGACAAGGUCGCCGUUGCAGCAGUGAUGCUGCUAUGUUCUAUUGUUUUGUUCUGUGCUUCAGCAAGUACCUCCACUGAUUCUUGUCCGGCACCCCCGAAACACUAUCUAGAACUCGGAUGCAAACCCAUUAAAGAUGAAGGACAUGAAUGCCCAAAUAGGUUUGAGUGCCCGACGCUUACCGAUCGUGACGGUCAGAAGUGCUACUUCAAUGGAAACAUUUACGAGUCCGGAAGUUCGCUUUCCUCGGCAGACCAAGAUUUGGUUUCUUGCGAACCGGGCUGUCGCUGCAUUAAUUAUACAUCUCCUGCUUCCUUCGUGUGUGCGCACAUCGAUUGUCCAGAGUUUUUCGAUUCUUACAAAGAGAACUGCAUGUUCCAGUAUGAGCCACGCGGAUGUUGUUCCGCCCGGCAAGUUUGUGGCGAGGAAAUGAACAAAUUGAGUGUCUGUUACCUAGAGGGUGCCAAGUAUCUAGAAGGCCAGAAAAUGUACCCGAAGGAAGAUAGCUGUUAUACCUGCCAUUGUCAGAAAGGCUUCGAUAACAGUACCGUCGUGAAUAAUCCUAACUGCUAUGAGAUUAACUGCGGCAUUGAGUUACACAGUACCAGGUGGCUGGCCGACGGGUGCAUUCCGAUCUACUUCGGUACAGAUCGUUGCUGCCCAAUCUCUUGGAGAUGCCCGGAAGAUAAGGACACCGUAAUAGUAGAAGGACGUUUGGACCUAGUAGAUGACGCUAAUCCGUUGAUGCAGUGCACAUUCGGUAACCUUACAAUGAACAUCGGCGAUUCGAUUUCAUCUGACGAUAAAUGUGUUUCCUGCAAGUGUACCGUUCCUCCGAUGCCACAUUGUAUACAGACUAGAGAUUGUUGAGGAAUUCGAUGUGGAAUUGUAAACUAAAAAUGUUAUGAUAAUAUUUUUCUAAUUUUAAGUGAAGUUGAAUGUAUGAACAAAGAGACCUGCCCAAAUUAGAUAUUGUCGAAGGAAUAAAAGUUGAAUGCAUAAUACAGUGUAAACGCUACAAAAAUGUUUGAUGUUAUCAAACGAGACGUAAUACAAUAGAGGAUUGCAACGAUUUUUGUCGGAAAUUUGAAAUAAUUUUGUUUGACAUAGCUUCUAGGGUUUCAACACCAGUAAGUCUAUGUAAUUGUAAUGUACAAAACCAAGGAGGACACUUCAAAAUCAUUUUCAGGCUUUUAUUCUGAAUCUUCUGAAGACUCUUCUUCCUUGUAAUACAACAACUUG